AUCGCUUUCUUCAGUCGGGGUCUAGCGAGGUUUAUGGUUUACAUCCCAUCAGGCAAAAGGUUACCGCAAACACGGGUAUUGCUUUCAUGCAUAUGUAUGCUGCCAUUCUUCUAUUCCUAAUCCAGGCGGAUAUCCAAAACACCGGCGUUAGAUUUGGACAGGCACAUCUACAGCCUUUGUGUCUGACAUAUUUUCACCCUUUGAACGGCAAGACAUGUCCUCCGGUCGGAAGAUUGAGCCUGGGAUGGCAGCAGCAGUCUCCGGUACCUUCGUGGGGUCCUUCCCAACAGACGCUGGCAGGGACGUCCGGAGGGUACCCCAGUAUGCGGCUCCUCGCGAGGUCGGCUGUUUCUCGGUCGUCGGAGAGCAUCGGGACUUCGUGAACGGCCGCGAUGAGCUCAAGUACCUGUGCAUGCCGAGGGAGCCCGACGCGCUGAGCUGGAACCUGAACAAGGGACUGGAGGACGCAGUGUGGGCGAACUUCGACGAGCCGGAGAGACUAGACAGGCUCCUGAGGUGGAUAACGGAAAACCGGAGGGAGGUCACCUCGGAUCGAGAUCCUCAAAGAAGGAGCCUGGGAGUGAACUUCGUGUGCAAGCGAGGCCUGCUCUCUACGUUGGCCUGUACACCGUACCGCAAACGCGACGACUGGCUGUUUUCCGCCACACGUUAUAAGAACACCCUGUACUUGUGCAAGUUCGAGAGCGAAUCUCCUUGGGAGUCGCAGAAUCCUAAGCUGGCGAAGCAGAUGUACUUUUGGGGCCACAAGUUCGAGCAGUACAUGACAUCAAAUCGGCCAGGGGCGCUUCCCGACACCAGCGCCCCCCUGCGCAGCGGCGACCAGUUCUACGUGGUGCUGAAAGGAAGGCUUGGGUCCCACUCGCUCCUCUUCGGGAACCCAAUGGUUCCCACACUCUUCACCGCCGAAGUGGACGCCAUUGACAACGACGUGUCACAAGAGCCUGGGUCCACUGCCGCUUACGUCGAGUUCAAGACCGCCAGGAUCAUGACUCAUCCGAACCAGGAGCGCAACUUCUUCGGGAAUAAGCUUCUGUCCUGCUGGAGCCAGUCUUUCCUGACAGGCGUUCCUAGGGUCAUGGUCGGCUUUCGGACUGCGUAUGGUGAGGUGCAAUCCGUCCAGGAGUACAGCGUCGAGGAGAUGCCAUCCCUCGCCAGGGGGCAGUGGUCAGACCGAGUAUGCCUCGGAUUUCUCGACGAAAUGCUGUCAUUCGUAAAGGAGUGCGUGACCGAAGACGACCCAAACGCGGUGUACCUGUUCACCUUAGACCCCAGACAAGACCCGAAAGUGGUCUGCAAGAAGCUUUCUGAUCCAGGCGAAUUUCAGAUCCUAUCGUCAUCGUAUUUGAAUGCACUUGGCCAUUGAUUUGAUAUUUGCAAGAAGAAAAGAAAAACUUUGUAGGUAACUGGGUGCUAAAGAUUGAAAAACCCUCGACAAAAGGUGUCUUGCGUCACGAACGUUGCGUCAUUCGCGUCAUUUGUCAUACAAACGUGACAUGGGUUGCCUUUAGAGAAGUUUUAAACUGCUCAAAUGCUAUGCAGAGCACUGACCGAGGCGUAUUGCAGGCAGGGAUUGGUGCGUAUUAUAUAUCAGAAAAUAAAAGUUUGCUUCCCCCCAUU